AUGUUUGCAGAUGUAGGAGAAAACGGAAGAAACGAAGAGCAAACUUGUCCAGAGUUCUUCUCUCCUACCCUAAUUGGAUACGAAAGCUGUGUGUCGCUUCUUCGACAGCAGCUAUUCUACGGAAAAAAGCACUUGGGAAUCGUAUUUCUGAACAUUUUCCGCAAUCAAUUUUUUCCAGCAGAUCUUCUUCGCAUGUUUAUUUAUCAUCAUCCAUCAUUCCAGUGCAAUCUUGCUCGCUCUCAUUAG